AUGGAGCCUGACGAGUCCUAUGGAAAAUUUAGUGUUAUCCCCCCAGUAUCUGAAAGACCAGAGUUAACCAAUGAAGAUGCAGAGUUAUUGCUUUCACUUAUAUCUGAUAACAAAUCCGAGCUAGUUCCAAUUGAACUGAAACCGGAGCCCUCUGACCAUGAUGUACCUGGCAUGGAUCCCUUUCAUGAUGAUGAUGACUCUCUUCUUGCUUCAAUUACUGCAUCGGACCUAAUACCACAUCUAUCGCAAACUCCACUUCAAAUGGAUCUUCAGCAGCCUGCAGAUCCUGGUUUGCCUCCCCCUGAAACGCCAAGUACAAGUUAUAGAUUUAGAAAAGUUACAGAGAAGCAGAUAAAAACUUAUCAAGAAAUGACUCAAUCCAAAAACACCAAAAAACACACCAAAUGGGGCAUCAAAAUUUUAGAUGAUUGGCAUUUGGAAACUUUCAAUGACAACAUUGACCUUUCAUCAGUAAGCGCUGAAGAAUUAGCCUCUAAACUUGAACGGUUCUACUGUGAAGCUAGACCUAGCAAAGCCAAAACACCAAAUGAAGAGUACCAUAAAAAUACUUUGAAAGGCAUACGUGCAGCAAUCAACCGUCGGCUAUCAGACCUGAGAAGGGAUAUUGAUAUUGUCAAUGAUAAAACUUUCAAAAUGGCAAACAAAUGCUUGACUAGCCUCCUAAAACAAAGGAUGACAGAGGGAACAUCUCGCCCCACAAAACACAAGGAAAUAAUUCCCAAACCUGAUCUCCAAAAAAUCUCAUCCUUUCUAGAGACUGCAUAUUCCUCACCAAUAAAUCUUCGCUUGGCAAUGUGGUAUACCAUAGCAAUUCACUUUGUAUCGCGAGGACUUGAGUUUCACCACCAACUUAAAAGGGACUCGUUCGAAUUCAAAACCGACGAAAAUGGUUUGACCUAUGUCUGUCUCACUCACGAAACAAAGCAGAAAAACUACCAAGGUGGAUUAGACAAACAUGAGAUGAUGGCUGACAAACGAAUGUAUGAAACACAAUCAAAAAUUUGCCCAGUUCAAAUGUUGAAGUUCUUCCUAUCAAAGACUCCUAUUACUGCUACAAAUCUGUUUAACAAAUGUGUGAGGGAGGCAAUCUCGAAUCCCGAUCAAGAACUUUGGUACAACACUCACUCACUUUCUCAGAAAGCGUUUGUAAAUUUCUUACCUGAUAUUUGCAAAAUGGCAGGAUGUCAACGCUACACAGCACACAACCUCCGAGCAACAGCAAUCCAAACCAUGAAUGAUGCUGGGUUUGAGGCGCGCCACAUCAUGUACAUGUCCGGUCAUAGGAAUGAGGCUUCAAUCCGGAGUUAUUGUAGAGAGCUAUCCUCGGAUCAAAAGCAAGUUGCCAGUGCAACUUUAUCAACUAUCACCGAGGCCGAGAAUGAGAACUCCACUUCCGUCAACACUGAAUCAUGUCAACAAAUCGCCACAGCGUCAUCCGACAUCGUCCCUCAGUCCUUUAAUUCCGACCGACAAAUCGCUAUAGCAACGCCAUCAUCUGCCAUCGUCACUCAGUCAUUUAAUUCCGACAACUCAACCUCCUCCUCUUUUCUAUCAUCAACGCAGACCGGUUUCCUGAGCAGCUCCCGUUUUAUUAACUGUACUCUGACUUUCAACAUGGCUGCGGACAAGUAG